AAAAUGGCUUCACUGCUCAAACUCAAGCGCUGAGGUUGAGAUCCAUAAUGUCUGAGAAAAAUACCAAUGCCGAACCCGAAUGGCUCACAAAGGACUAUGUGGGGAAAAAGAUAUGCAGAUAUUUUGAAGACGACUCUAUACAGUUGAAAAGUCUAGAGACUGAUCCGGCGACAGCCAAAGGAGAUAACUACGCCAGUGUGAUGACCCGCAUCAAUCUGGAGUACACCACAAAGGAUUCAAAGGACACGCAGAAAGCUACUUUCCUACUAAAAACAACCUUUGCAGCCAAGGAUCCGGCGACCGAUUUGCUGGCCGGCUACGGAGCAUACACCAGAGAAAUGGACAUGUACGAGCAGAUUCUGCCCCACCUUGCGAAAAUGGUGAGGAACGAGCUCGAGGAUUCCCGGAAGAUGUUUGCAGCUACCGUCGCUGUAGAUCGCGAGCGGGACUCAAUCCUCUUUGAGGACCUGUCGUUGGAGAAUUACAAGCUCGCUUGCCGGCUGAAAAAACUGGACUUGGAGCACACACAUCUGGUCCUGGGGAAACUGGCUGAUUUCCAUGCAGCUGCAGCAGUUCUUGCCGAGCGGAUGCCCGGAAUCUUUGAGAAAAACUACGAUCGAGGAUUUUUCAACAAACACUUUCGAGGCUUUCAGCCAAUCUUCCGGAACCUUCUGCAGGCCCUAUCUCGCUCCCUAGAGUUGAAUUUAGAUUUAAAACAUCGUUAUCAGAGCAAGAUAGACCGCCUGGUGGAUACUAUAAUGGAUUACGGUGACCGAUCGACGUCGACAAAUCCAGGAGACUUCCUGACCCUAGCCCAUGGAGAUCUUUGGACAACAAAUAUGAUGUUUCAGUACGAUGACCAGGGUCAUCCCACCAACGCCGUUCUAAUUGAUUUUCAGUUCAGUGUGUGGAACUCUCCGGCCAUCGAUCUGCACUAUUUCUUCACCACUUCGAUCCAGGACCAUCUUCGCUGGAAACGCCAAACUGAAUUGGUUCAGUUUUAUUACUACCAGCUGGUGGAAUCAUUGAAGAAGCUAAAGUAUUCUCGUACUAUUCCGAGUUUAUUUGAGUUUCAGCUGCAGUUUAGGGCUAGAUCCUUUUAUGCUGUUUUUUGUUCGCUGAUUUCCGAGCCCUGUAUGCUGUACACCGGAACUGAGGAGGCCUCCAUUGCACAAGGAUUGUCCACUGCCGAGAGUGGAGUCCGGUUCAGAGAUUCGGUUUAUCAUGCAGAUCACAUUCGAGAAAAAAUGGUUCUAACACUGCCGUUUCUGGAUCAGCAGGGAUUGCUGGACGAUAUGUAAAAUUUUAUUUGUACUUAUAAGCUAGCCAAACGUCUAGCAACUGUCGCAUUUCUAACAACAGUCGCGUUUCUAUGAUCGUGGCAAUACUACUUUUACACAGUGCAAAGCCCUAUCUUAAUAAAUGUUCUCGGAUGUGC